AUGGAUGUUGAAGAAGACUUGUUGAUAGUUGACGAGGUCGGCGUCUCUAGUCAACAAGCAGGGCGCGAACAAACUUCCGCUCGGCCCGUGUUUUCAGACCCUGAGAGGGUCUAUUGUAGAGUGGCGGAUCCCGGCCAGGAAAGACUCCGCCGAAGCGAAGGCUCGGGUGGAUAUUCGUAUGCGGACGCGGUUCGGGACCGCGUGGUGCGGAAUUCGAAUGUCGCCCGGCGAAAAUCUACAAUUGGCGCCCAACGUGGGGCCUCUUUUUUAAACAUAACAGGUUUUAGGUGCAGCAGGAGCCAAGGUGAUUCUCCGAAUUUUUUAGGUGACAGGUGCCAUGUUCGACAACAUGAAACUUUUUUAGAUGUUAGGUCACAGGAACCGAAGGAGGAUCGAAAAUCAACCUCUAGCAGACUUUCAACGCCCGCCAGCCAACAAAAUGAAAUUGUUUUAAACAACAAUCGUUUUGAAAUUGUUGACAGGUACGAAGAAAAGCCGCGCAUUGAUUUUUCAGCGAACAAUUUAGGUUACAGGUUUAUCCCCAAACAGGAUAUUUUAGGUUUCAGGUGCCAGGGUGAUCCAAAGUUGCAGGAGUUCGGACUGAAUGAGCUGCGAUUGGCGUCCAGUAGAUCACGGCGAAAUAAAAUUUUAGAUAACCGCAACAGGUGCAGAGCGACCGAGCGAGAGAGAGACACAGUUGAACACAAGUCGACGAGUGACAGUCGGGAAACGCUUCAUUCAACUGGUAUGAAGUCUCAGGUUCAUCAACCGCGUAUAGGUGCCGAGCGUGACAACGACUUUUGUCGUCGCGAAUUGCUUCGACCUGACAGAUUUGAUGGCACCGGCUGUCUCAAAACUUUCUUAAAAAAGUUUGAGAUAUGUGCCAGGUACAAUAAUUGGAAUCUCGUAGACAUGGAAGCGUAUUUGUCAUGUUCGUUAACAGGUGAAGCUUCACAGGUUCUCUGGGAUUUAACAGGUUUAGGUUACCAAGAGCUGGUAUCUAAGCUAGAAGAUCGUUUUGGAACAAGAGGUCAUGAAGAGUCAUACAGGUACGAAUUACAGAUUCUUCGUCGAAAACCUGGUGAGUCGUUACGAGAGUUGUCGAUGGUUACUAAAAGACUCAUGUCAUUAGCCUAUCCAGGAGAGCAGUCAAGAUUAGCUACACAUCUAGCUAGGGACUUUUUCUUGACAGCCCUCGAUAAUGCUGAAUUAGAAUUAAAGGUUAGGGAAAAAGAACCAAAGAACAUUGACGAUGCUCUUAGAUUCGCACAGCGUCUUGAAGUUUCAAAGAGGGUGGUGGAUUCAUCUCACAGGUUUGACCCGCAGGUUAAAGAUUUUCAAGCAGGGGCAGAAAACAUGGAGUCAAUGGUACGACAGAUUGCGUUCCUUCAAAAGUCAUUCGAAGAACUCAGAAAUAAAAGAGUGCAGCCAACGAAAGGAAUGACAAGCAGCACAGUAGAUUACGUGAACAAGUCAAUUGAAAGUAACGAUCGUGUCUUGUAUCUGCCAAUCACAAUUAAUGGCAAAAGAAGAUUAGGUUUACUUGAUAGUGGCAGUAGUGUAUCCAUUGUUCCAACGUCUAUGGUUGAUGUCACAAAGAUCAGACCGACGAAAAAGAGAUUGAAAGCUGUCAACAACACAGAAAUUCCAGUCAAAGGAGAAAUGAAGUUGCAAAUUAAAGUUGAUGAUUAUUCCAAAUCAGCGUUAGUGUUGGUGUCUGAUCAUGUUUCAGAAAUUGUUUUAGGUUUAGAUUGGCUCAGGAACAAUCAUAUCUCGUGGAAGUUUGGCGAAGGAAAAAUUGCCGUGGGUAACAAAAAUAGAACGAUGAAAUUAGUUAUUAAACAUUUUUCAUGCAGGAAGCUUUGUCGUAUUGAAGCUCACACAGAAGUGCGCAUCCAUGCGCAGACUGAAUUAGACGUGCCAGCAAAGAUGAUUGUUCGCCAGCCGUCCAAGUUGGAAUCGACCGGAUUUAUGUGUUCGGAAAACAGACAAAUAGAAUCGGGUGUAUAUGUAGCUAGAACGUUACUACCUAUAAAAUAUGAAAGACAGUGUGUUAGGAUCUUGAAUGUCAACGAUCAGCUGGGGGUGAUAAACCGGGGAACGCGAUUGCCAGAUUUAUCAUCGGCUGUGGAAGCAAAGGAAUCAGUUGAUCGUCUAGCAUAUGAGAAUCUAACAGAAGUUACAGGUAUGGUUGAUGGAUUAGUAAAAGAUAUUUCUAAGAAAGCAAGAGAAGAGUUGAUUCAAAUACUUAAAAGUUUCUCAGACAGAUUUAGCUGUGCGAGUGGGGAAAUAGGUGCUGCAAAAGGAGUUUUUCAUAAGAUUGAUACUCAGGAUGCACGACCGGUAAAACAACAGCUGAGGCGACAUACUCCGGCGCAUCAGAAGGUGAUUGCGGAACAGGUUGAGCCUGAAGACAUCGCAGAAGACGAUUCCAUAGGGGAGCCAACAGAAGCACCAUCACGAAGUAGCGACGUGUCGACCGAGUCGCUUGUCCAAACCUGGACAGGCGAAGAUACGUCAGAAUUUUUACCAGGGCAGCCGGACAUCGUUCCAGAACUUGUGAAGCUUGCUGACGAACUCUUUGAUCAGCGACCAGAUUUGUUUGCCGUAGGUAACCAGCCAUCGAUGGACCUGUUUGCUGGUCUGGACGAACGACCGACAGAAAACGAUCAGCAACUGACGGAAACUCAAACGAGCACGACGGCCACAACAAAAAGAAAAAGGAGGAAACCGACGAGGUGGGGACCGGAGCUAGAAAGAUGGAUGGUGGAAGUUCCUGAGUCUGGUGAAGAUCUAUAA